GCAGAAUGCUAAUUCAGUCCAUAUGUUAUGGAUUUCAUUGACGGUAGAUCAGUUGAGGCAUGCUGGGAUGAAUUGAAUCAGACAGAGCGUGUGGAUGUUGUCUCCCAAGUUGCUUCAAUGAUCACUACUCUGCAGUCUAUUCCGCUACCCCAGCAGUCACCUGGCCCAGUGGGCUGUGAAAGCUGCUCGGCCCGUGGCUUCUGGUUCACUGACAUGGGAACGGGUCCAUUUCGCUCAACGGAGGAACUAGAGGCUUGGUUCAAUCGCCGGCUCACCAUCUCCAAACAAUUCAACCAGGCACCAGAUGAUGUUCCGCCAUUUCAAUUUGACAGGCUGGUUCUCACACACCAGGAUAUUGCGCCCCGUAACUUGAUUUUGGGUCUUGAUGGCACAGUUCAUCUGAUUGACUGGGGUGAUGCUGGGGUAUAUCCCGAGGGGCUAGAGUUUGCGUCACUCAAGACACGAAGCUACACCGCGCCCGAGUUCACUGAUAUGUUACUUGAAAAGGUUACUCAGUAUGAAGAAUUGGCGCAGCAAAUGGAAUGGAUUAUGUUUGCUUUGACUACUGGGCAAUAUCUUUAGGAAAAUGGAGGUCUAGCGAAUAUUUUACUUGACGAAUAUGAUUUAACUUG